AUGAAUUAAUAGAUAAAUAGUAAAUAUUAAUUUGAAGACUUAAAAUGUAUAGUGAAAGAAGGUUGGAUGGAUAAAUAAUCAAGAUUUCUUAAAAAAUGGCAUAAGUAAUAUCAAUAAUUUAAUUUAUUAGACGCUGGAUUGUAUUAACUAAUUUUACUUUAUAUACUUUUAAAAAGUAAUAAUAAUACAAUAAUCCUACAGAAGUGAUUGAUCUUAAUCAAAUUGUAUCAAUUAAAUAAGCAGAUGAUCAUGAAUUAUAGAAAUUGAAUUCUAUUGUAAAAAUCAAAAAAAUUCUAGACCAUCCAAACUCAUGAUUCCAUUUUUUAUUUAAUUGUCCAAGAUGAAUAAUAAUAAUAAUAGUGGAUUAGCAUUAUAAGUAGUUAAUUGUUAAAAUUGAAGAAUUAAAUUAAAUUGUAAUAAUGA